GCGGUUGAACGGGAAUGGUAUAGUGGUAUCCAAGUGGACGACCGUGCGAGUCGUCGAUCGGUGAUAUCUGUGUCGUAAGAGUAAAAACAAUUUCGCGAAAGUGGUUCGCGUGGCGAGGAAGGAAAAGGACGCGACGAUGGCGGAGCGUCCUGGAGGCAAAAGGCGUUCGCGUCGCGACAGUGCGGAGACAUCGGGCUCCGUACGCGGCACACCGCCAACGUCGAAGGAUCGAAGGACUAAACGGUCGAGUAAGCCGUCGAAGGAGCGAUGGCUUCUCACCAGAAAGACCUGGCGGUACAUGGCGGACGCUGGCAGACGCUUAAUCCCGGAUGGAACGCACAACAGGCCCGAGGAUAUUCCGAAGAUAGAGCAAUAUUUUCAGGAAGUGUGUCAGAAGGAGCCAAAAUUCCUGUUGUGGAGAAAGGCUUCCUAUCCGGGAACGUUAGGCUUUCGAUCCCAGAGGCGUCGAAGAGUCAUCAAAGGCGGUAGUUGUCGAACGAAAGCCAGCUCGGCUGACGAAUCGGACGAUGUCAGGAGUUCACCUCGAGGCUUCGUCCUUCAUACCACAACCGCUGGGAAAUUCGACCUAGCGAAAGCCAAAAGGGAGUGGUUGCUGACGUCCGAAGGAGGUAGUAUGCCGUCGAGUCCUGUGGAACGCAGGAAGUUUCAGCAGGAGGACGCGGAUGCCAAGGCGUUGGCAGACAUGUUGCAGAAGUACCUGAACAUGCAGAGCGACGUCGCUGGUACGACGAAAACAGCUGGCAGAUCGGAAAUUCCUGGCCAGGUCGAAGGAAGGGAACUUUUCGACUAUCAGAGCUUGAUAGACAAGCUUCAGCAGCACCUGGAUUUGAUGGUGACUCAAGCCAAACUAGAGGAACUGUCGGUUAGACGAUCUUCCUCGGACAAGGACAUCCAAAAUGUUCCGAAAUCUAUGCAAACGUAUCAGGGCGAUUACGUGCACAAGUCCUUAAUGGAAACUAUUAGUCGUUAUUACAGCAAGUCAGGUACUCGGGAACACGUAAUCUCGGACAUUUUGACCGAUCGAAAACUCUUAGAAAAAUUGUACUUCGAUCUGAGGUGCACCAGGGGCUUCAGAGGUCCACGUGCCACGGGCGCUUACACGUCACCAUCUAGUCGCUGGUGGACCCAUCAGCGAACCAGAGUGCCGACGAAGGAUUCCGAGGAUUGGCUAUCGACUAGAAGAGACCAUAAUCGAGAUCCUCUCUCACCCCCACUUCUGAUAGCCGUCCAAGAGCCCAGCACCGAUCGCGGUCCGAUAGAUAACGGUGUUCAAACUGAUCCUGUUCCUCGGGAAGUUCUCGAUGCUAACCUCCUAGAGAGGGAGGAGCCGUUGAAGGAAACGUCUAUGCAGAAGUCUGGUGGUCGCAGGCGGAGUAGCGUGGACAACGAUGACGUUUCACCUUCUGUGAGCGAUACCAUCAAAAGGUACCUUCGAAUGGCUAGAAAGAAGUCCAUGGACGCGGACAAGGUUGACAGGUUUAAACGGGUGAACUAUGACAGAAAUCUUCGGAAUAUCAAGGCCAAAGGCGAGACCACGAAGCUGAGCGACGACGACAGCAACAAUAAGGGCUGUCAAACGGAGGACAAUUGGGCUGUUAAUUAUAGAGAAAUGUCUUCCGCGGAGAAUCCGUUUGAGAAUCUGUCCGACGCCGACACAACCACCUCACCUCCGAGCAGGAACGCGAGCUCGAGAAGCAGCAUCGACGCUGGUCUCGGCUCCGAGGAUCCACUUACCCCUAAGCAUCAUCACCAUCAUCAAUCCUUCCUAUCCCAUCUCCUGCACGGUUCCAACGCGCACAAGGAUAAACCGCAUUCGGCUCCCGGUUCGCCUGCACUUACGUCAUCGUCGACAAAUUCCGCAGGUGGCACAGCGAUGCAGAAGAGCAAGUCCUCGAGCAGCGUGGUGCAUCACGGCAGCCGAUUGGUGGCCAAGAAGAUAUGGAGGUCCAGGAGCAAGAGUACUUCGAGGGCGUCCAAUCAACCCUCUGUCUGGACGCCUCAGGGAAAAUGCACGUGGGCAGGGACUGCUGGGCGACGAGUCACUUUGCAGGAUACUCCACUCAGGUCACUGUCAGAAAUUGAGAGGAAGGUCCUCUGCAAGGUAGCCGUAGCGAAACUUCAGGCCCUCAAUCUAGGUGUUCACAUCAGGCCACCGAGUGAGUCUCUCGGUAGCAGUGCAGUAGUCACGAAGCCCAAGAGAAGAGCGCCUUUAUUGAAGAGAAAAGCUCUCACAACAGGGUUCUUCGAUAACAAAGGAAAAGACGACAAGGAAAAGGAUUCGUCAGGUGGCCUGGUAUUUGGCAUACCGCUCUCGCAGUGUUUGGAGAACGACAGGAUCGCCCGAAUUGCUGCUGGCGAGAUCGUCGACGUCGGUUGCCUGUCGAGGAGCAGCAGACACGGCAGCAGGACGAGUUUCACGAGCCUAAUCGAACCGACUGUCGCAGCAAAGACCGACGAUGGUGGCUCGUGCGAGUCUCUGUCGUCGAAAGGAGCUCUGACUGGAAGCGAUUCUGGAGUCCUGGAACUCAGCGACAGCGGUGGAGGGGGCCCUCCAGGAGAAUGGGACGCUGUACCAGCAGUGGUCAGACAAUGCAUCAGGCAUUUGGAAAACACGGGACUUCGAACGCUAGGCGUAUUUCGGGUGUCGCCAUCGAAGAAGAGAGUGAGACAGUUAAGGGAAGACUUCGAUUGCGGCCGUGAGACAAAAAUUGGCCCCGAUCAAUGUCCUCAUGACGUUGCAGCCCUGUUGAAAGAGUUUUUUCGGGAUCUGCCAGAUCCUCUACUUUGCAGGGAUCUGUACCAAGCCUUCGUUCAUACACAAAAGAUCCGGAACAGGCGACUUCAGCAAGAAGCUCUUCAGCAUCUCAUUCAGCUGCUGCCCACGCCGAACCGCGAGACUCUCUGGGCACUUUUGAACUUUCUCAGUGUGGUGGCGGCAAACAGCGACGAUCAGAAGACCGAAGCUGGUGACUGGGUGCCCGGGAAUAAAAUGGACUCGACUAACUUGGCGACAGUAUUCGCACCAAACAUCCUCCAUUGCGUGAAACCUGGACAAAGGUCUGAGGUGUCCGUUGAGAGGGCGGAAGAGAGAAUAGACGUAAUAAACGUGGUGAGAGCACUUCUGGAACACACAGCAACGUUGUUCAUGGUUCCAGCCGCCCUUUUGGAUGAAGUGUACUUGCACAUGAUGGACACGCAUCCAGCCGAAUUGGAUCUCGCUCUCUCUCGUCGUGCCGACGAGCAGUGCGGAGACGAGGCGGACCCGUGUAGCGAAGCUGAAACCUUUUCGAUUGAGGAGACCCUGACUACAUCGACUACGACCACAACAGGGACGACGACGUCAACGAGAAAGGUGUGGACGAGAGAGCAGUGUCUCCACCAAACAGCUGGCAUAGGUGGAGACAUAGGUCCAAGGCCGCGACGGUCAAAGAGGCCCGGAAGUCGCAGAAAGGAGGAAGGCAGAAGUAACAGCGUGGAUAGUGGUUCUAGCGAGGAUCCAGCGGAUCCUCGAAGGAGAUCCUCGCCCAUGGUAAUCACCGCUAGUCUCACCAUACCAAUGUCCGGUCCGUUCACGUUGAACCUCGACGAUCCGGACAUUCCUUACAUCGAAGAAACACCCAAGCAACCCAGCGCCCCGCCAAGAAGACAGAGGCAGCGUUCGAUUUCUGGUUGUAGCGAAGGUGGUAGGCAUGGAAGCGACAGCGCGGUGGGUUCUUCCGCUACUUUGUCAGGGGACCAGGCACCUAGUUCGCCACCUUCGUGGGCAUCCUCGCCCCCAGCGAGUCCUGACAGCGCCGUGACCGCGGUUUCGUAUAUACCUGACCAGCAAGCAGUUCUCCAAAGGGUUUCAUUUACAACUUCGAGCGAGGUGCGUCAAGUGAGCAGGUCAAACAAUCAGGAGACGUCAAGGAGCGCCGCGGCGCCCUACACGCCUAGCAUCACCAGCAUCGGUGGCGCGGUUCUGAGGUCGAAGACCGCAGACAUCGAGAGGAUGUUGCACAUCUCGAGGCCUGACGCUGGCAUGAGCGUUUCACAGCCGAGCAAAACCAGUUCCUCGACUUCCUCGGAGAGCAAAAAGUAUACCAAGAGACGUUAUACCGAUUCGAGGCACCAGACUCGUCACAUCCCUGAUUCUGACACCCUGGCAGGGAAAACCACGUCGUCGAGUGGUUCCUCGUCCUCUGCAGCGAUGUCCUCCUCAUCCUCGUUAACUGGAGCUCAAAAUCAACGCGCCGGGGCGCAGCCAGUCUGGAAACGACGGGAACUCAUUUCCAGCGCGCCCAAGGACAGAGAAAGAUACUUCUGAACAGGGAUUUCUCAUCGAUGAUCGGAUCGAAUGUCGGGAGGACCUCUUUUGGUUCUUCCUUAGCAAAGGAAGAUUACCGAAAAAUAUUCUAAUGCGACUUUCAGUCGCUCAUUCAUAUACAAAAGCGCUAAAAUCUUUACGCAACCAGAGAUCGGCGAAAUCCUUACCUGGAUAACUUUUUCAACUAACGAAACAAAAACAAAUUUUUAUCUUUGCUGGUUGUUGAAAACAAAAAGGGGAUGAAGUGUAAUGGAUGAAAAAUUGUUCCUUUCGACUUUUUUGCAUUUCUUAAUAUUUUAAAGUCCUCUGAACCGAAGAAUUAAAAAAAACAAACGACAUAAACUAAAUUUCUUUAUGAGUGCACGUGUAUAUGUAUGUUGGUGUUUGUUUUGCUUUAUAUUUUAGGAGUAAAUUCUCAGAAAAUUAUGAGAUUUAGUAUGGCAACCUUUAUAUCAGGGAUGUUAGUGUUGUUCAAUUUUUUUAUUAAAUUCUGUAUGUAUGUAGGUAUAUAAUGGGGGUCUGAUUGGAUAUUGUAUCUCAGGAAUGGUUUGUCAGAAAAUUAUGAACUUUGCAAACAGGGAUCAAACAAAUUUUGUUUUCUUUCAUCCGUUAUUCAUCGAGUUAAAAUUAGAAUAUGCUUCAUACAAUGAUUUCUCUCCCAGCGAAUAAAUAAAAAUCUGACUGUUCGAUCGGAUAAACGUUUUUCUAAUCCAAUAGAUUUUCGCCCAAUUCUGGAUGCUGAAACAUAAGACAAAAAAGAUUGAAAAAAUAAAACGAUUACGUGAAAAGUCACAUGAGCCACACAUGUUGGCGAUAUGCAUUUUAUAUAUCGGAGAUUCUUUAUUGGACUUCAUAGAUUCUACGAUACUUAUACAAAUCUCGAUACUUCUAACAAUUUUCCUAGUUUUUCUACAAUUCUCGAGAUUUUACUGUGUUGUCAUUACGUUAAACACAGUUUCGCUACAGGUAUUUUCAUGACUAAUAGACUAAACAUCUCUAGACUUACGUUCAAACACACGCAAAGUCAAUCAAGGAGUUGUACGAACAUUUAUACAUUGUAUUCAAUACAUUUUUACAAUUUAAUAGUCUAACAUGCUGCUCUAAACAAGUAGAGGAUAAUUUAGAACAUUGUUUUUCAAUGUAGGAGAUGUAACUUUAAAAGUGUAGGAGGGGGGGAUAUAUAUACUAGGUAUAUAUAUAAUAUAUAUACUACUACAAUAAUAUAUAUACUAAAGAUCCCCAAUCACACAAUCGAAAAUAUUACAAAUUUUAGUACUUCAUUGAAAUUAUUUAAGAUUCUUGUGGCUUGUAAUCCAUACUUUAUCGUUUUAUAAAUUGAUCUAACCCAACACUUCAACCAUUUAUCUACUACUUUACAAUUAUAAACAACUUUGACUUCUUUUCAGAAGCUAAACAUAAUUUAGGUUAUAGAGAGUUCAAAACAAACUAAAAUAAUAGCAAUUAUUGAAAAACUAUUUAUCUAAGAAUAGAGUUGAAGGAAUAUACAGUGGAUGUACAAAGUAUUCGUACACCGAUCAAUUUCCAAAAAAACUAUGUGAAAUUGUGAUUUAUUAACUUUUUUUUUAUAAACAGUGAUAUUCUACAUAUUCUUGGAAAUCUCUAGAAUAGAUACAGUACGAAAAGAUUAGUUAUUUUGUAUAAAUGAGAAAUCAACAAGAAAAAACAAUAAAUCGAUAGAAAUACAGAAGCAAUAAGCAAUAAUCGUACAAGUAUUAAAUUUUUAAAACUUCAUUUAAAAAAAAAAACGAAAUUUACAUUACUUUAUAAAUAAUUAAUACUUCGUGAGAUUUCCUUUUGAUUUUAUAAUUACUAGAUAGGCAUUAAAUGAACUAUCAUAAAUGUCGAUGUUAUUCGGGGUGGGAUCUUCUUUCAUUCCAUUAUUGGAGCAUUUUUUAAGUCUUUUUUUUACUGGGAAUUUAAUAUUUUCUAAUUCCCACGAAGCAAUAAACUGAUGUGCUUAUGUUACAAAUUCUACUGUAAAUUGUUCGUCAUAAGAACCGUGCUGAAUACUUAUUGCUUCUAUAUUUCUACCAAUUUUUCGUAUUUUCUUGUUAAUUUCGCAAAUUAUAUAAACUAGUAAUUGUUGUUUGAACUGUAUUCUAGAAAUUUCGGAGAAUAUGUAGAAUAUCAUUAAUUAUAAAAAAAAGAAGUUAAUAAACUACAAUUUUACAUAAAAUUUUUUUGGGAAAUUGAUCAGUGUACGAAUACAUUCUACACCCACUGUAUGAUUUAGAAGAAUAAUCAAAUAUUACGAGCAAAACGAAGACACUAUUUUUCCAAUUUAUGAAAGUCUUAAAAGCACUAAUAACGUAUAGACUGGCACUGAAGAUGGUCCAAACGUACAUUCGAUUCGAUCGUUGAAGUCUCCACAAAAGCAUAGUUACUGCCGAUCAGGCGUGGCCUGGCAAAGUGUUCCUCGACACGUUUUCUCGCAGUUGAGAAACCGUAUGUUCGGUUAUCGUGGGGUGUCUGUUGGUUCCUAGACUACCGUCCUCGCGCUCGCAAAGAUCUCUGUGACGAAACGCACGAUAACCCUCUCUGCUCUCCUGUAAUUUUCGUCGGGAUUACCGUAUAUAGAGGGUGUCCCGGGUUUCCAUGAACAAACUUGGGGAACAUAUCCUACAAGUGGAAACAAAGAAAAAGUAUUAUUUGAAGUUUGUUUAGAAACGCUUUAUUACAAAGUUAUAAGAAAAUGAAGCUAGUAUUUAUCUUAUUUGUCUAUAGUAUCUGGUAUGUAUUAGGUUGUCCCAAAAGUUUCUUUCGCUUUAUUAAUAAGUAAUACAGGCACAAUAGUUUAUGUUUUAUGUUACAUUACUGAAUUGUGCACGAUUCAUUUUGCUCCAUUACUGUUACAACAUGAAUAUCUAUGAAAUUAGAUUGUCUAUUUAUAUAAACACGACCACAUAUAAUAAAAUAAUUGAGUGCAACUCGCGAAAGAAACUUUCGGGACAACCUCAUACAUAAAUGCAGUAGGCACGGAUGAAUUCUUUUCCAUUACGGAUAUUAUGGACAGACGAAGCAACUUUUACAAGAUAGGACAUAUUCAAUUUUCAUAAUUAUCAUCUAUGCCUCCACAAAAAUCCAUAUUCCACGCGACAAAUUUUCAACACGAGUUUCGGUGUAAUGUUUGGAUGGAUAUGAUUAACGACCAGUUUAUCGGCCCUUUCUUUCUGCCUGGCAGAUUGAAUCGACUGCUUUUUCAAAAAUUCUUAUCGAACGAUUUACCAAUUUUGAUAGAAGACGUGCCACUAAUGCUUCGACAAAACAGUUGGAUAUACAGUGAGUGUAGAAAGUAUUCGUACACCGAUCAAUUUCCAAAAAAACUAUGUGAAGUUGUAAUUUAUUAACUACUUUUUUAUAAACAAUGAUAUUUUAUAUAUUCUUGGAAAUCUCUAGAAUGGAUACAUUACAAAAAAAAAACAGUUAUUUAUAUAAUUUGCGAAAUUAACAAGAAAAAACAUAAAUCGAUAGAAAUAUGAAAGCAAUAAGUAUUCGUACAACUGUUUAAUUUUUAAAACUUCACAAAAAAAAAAACGAAAUUUACAUUAAUUUAUAAAUAAUUAAUACUUCCUUCGUGGGAUUUCCUUUUGAUUUUAUAAUUACUGCUACUCUUUUAGUCAUUAAAUUACCUAAAUGCCGAUGUUAUUCGGAGUGGGAUUUUCUUCCAUCUCUCUGUUAGAGCCAUUUUUAAAACUACUUUACUAGAAAUUGAAUGUUUUCUGAUUCGUACAAAGCAACAAACUGAUGUGUUUAUGUUACAAACUCUACUGUAAAUGGUUCAUCGUAAGAAUCGCACAAAUACUUAUUGCUUCUACAUUUCCACCAAUUUUUCGUAUAUUCUUGUUAAUUUCGCAAAUUAUAUAAACUAGUAAUUGUUGUUUGAACUAUAUUCUAGAGAUUUCCGAGAAUAUGUAGAAUAUCAUUAAUUAUAAAAAAAAGGAGUUAAUAAACUACAAUUUCACAGAAAAGAGUUUUUGGGAAAUUGAUCGGUGUACGAAUACAUUCUACUACAUCCACUGUAGAUAGACGAUUGUCCAUCACAUUAUGCCAAGCCAGUUAGAAAUUGGUUAAAUGAAAAUUAUGAUGACAGGUGGAUUGGUCGAGGAGAGCUAGAUCUAUGGCCUCCAAGAUCCCCCGAUUUAACUCCUCUCAAUUUUUAUUUAUAGGGAACUUUAAAAGAUAAAGUCUACAGUGCAGAAGUUACUUCGUGUGAAGAAUUAAAGCAACGGAUUAAUCCCUCCGUUGCUGAAAUGCAACCACAGCUGGGUAAAAUACGUAUUUUAAAUAGUAAAUAGUAAAUAAAUAUUUUAUUUCGAAUCAUGCAAGUAUUUUUUGAAAUAAAAUAUUUUAUUUGUGGUAAGAAAUUUUUAAGAUAAUAUUUCAAAUAAUAUUUUAUUUGAAAAUCACUGAAAAUAUUUGUACCAUAGUUCGGAAUAUUUUAUUUUACUAAAUUAUAGUGUAAACAAAAUAUAUGUAUAUAUCGAAUUGAGUAACUCCUCCUUUUUCGAAGUUGGAUACAAAAUAUAUUUAUUUUGGUAAUCUAAAACGAACGAAGUACUUUUCCUCUGCAUUAUAAACAUACAUUCAAUGUAGUUCUUCAAUGAAUACUUCUAUUAAGAAUCUUCAAUAAGAAUCUUCAUAAAAUGAAUGAUGGAAAGAGAUAUUCUUCAAUCGCAAGAAAUCAUAAUAUUUGCAAGAAAUAGUUUCUCCAUUUGUGUAUCGUACAUACGCAGUUUAUUUUCAAAUUAAGAACUAUGGAAAGUAUUCUAUUUUAUACUUUAUGUUAUUAAAAUGAAACAUAUUUUAUUUGAUAUGUUAGAUCAUCAAAAUAAAAUAUUAUAUUUGUUGAAAUUUUAUAUCCCAUUUGAAUACUAUUUUAUUUGAAUUAUGAAGAAUCUAUUAUUUGAAAUACAUUUAAAAUAUUUAUCCUACAAAUAUUACCCACCUCUGAAUGCAACAAAAUGAGGAAAAGAUUUAUUCUGUAAUAAGCUCCAUAAAAAAUCGAUGUCAAGUUUGUAUUUGCGCCCAAAAACGAUAUUUUGAAAUAAUCGGAUAGACACGUUUGACCUUUCAAUGUUCAGUAAAGUAAAAUCCACCGUCAUCAAUUCUAACUUUAUUUGUUUAUAACUUUGUAAUAAAGCGUUUCGGUGCAAACUUCAAAUAAAAUUUUUUUCUUAUUCCGACUCGUAGGAUAUGCUCUCCAAGCUUGUCCAUUAAAACCUGGGACACCCUGUAUACAUACUCGAAGCACUUGGGACCGAGUGGGAUCUACGCCAGAGAAUGUUUACUACCCUUACGUGUUUAUUAGUACGGGAAGGAAAACAGAAACAUUGAUAUGUGUCUAAGGAUAACAUUCUGAUGUAGUAGCGACUUCGUUAGCGUCGAUUUGUAAAUUAUUUUUAUUACUAGAUACGAAGGAUUCGCCGUGUCGUGAUCGAGCGUUUUAUGGAACUAGAGAUGGAUAGAAUUCAAUUCCAAUAUCAGAUGACGAAUAAACAUAUUGUACAGCAAUUGAUUGAAAUAAAUAGCUAGUAAUAAUGAUAUGUUAGUUUUAAGUCAUCUAGGUUUGAACUUACUAAAAGGUGAUAUUCGGUUGAUAAGGUAGAAUGAUCUGUUGGUAGAACUGUGUUAUAAAUACCGAGUUGGUAGGGCAGAAUGUAUGCAGGUAAUGUAGAACGCCGUUCAUAAGUAUUACAACCAAGUUGGAUGAUCCAUUACCGGCCGAGUGAACUGCUUUACUGUUCGAUUCUUCAAUUACGUCUUUUAUCAACAUUAUACUCUAUAUUUUUAUCGAAUUUUACCGAUAGAAUACUCUACCGAAUUUUACCUCCUCGCGCUAAGUUCUCAGAACUAUGUUUGACAUCCGAUGACUUUGCUAUAUCAUUGUUACUAUAGUUAUCGAGGCAAGUUUUUAUUCGUUCUACGAGAAAAAUAAUGUAAUUGUAUCAAAAAUUGACGAAGUAGGAAAAGAAGAAUAAAAGUCGGAGAAAUGACUCGAAAGUAAGCCCACAAAAUAUAUUAUUCUUAUGCACAGAGAUGUUGGCAAAGGCCGAAUAUAUCAUUGCCAUUCUCGUGGUGCAUAACUUAAAAACAGAAAUAAAAGAACAGUAUUGUGAUUUAGUCACAACGUUUAUUUGAUUAAAUAAACAAUCGUGUACUAGGUUUUUGUUCAACGAGCGACGGUUGAAAAGUUUUGACGAGGGCUUUGAAAAGACGACUGUUCACUUUUAUUCGUUAUUUAAUGAUUUUAUCUAAUUGAGAAUUUUUCCCAUCUCUUGGCAAUUGCUACCGGCGAAACCGUGAAAUCCUCGAUGAGCUAAAACCAAGAACGAAGUCUAGUCUCGAGUCCCUCGGAACUCGCGUCGGGCCACUUUCAAUCUCACUAGAUCACGUCGUGCCUUCGAGGAUGGGGCGAAAGUAAUCAAUCCUGGGCUACUUUUAUGGUUAUUGCAGCCAAUUAACCGAUAGUUGACGAUCCAGACGAUAUCGCACGGGAGAUGAUCGAAUAAUCGAUUUUAUCUCGUCUGUUUCGUUUUUAUUUUGUUUUCAUUUUUUAAUCUAUUCUCGCUGGAAUACGAAUCCGCGCACUGCCGUGAGAGAUGCGUGGCUCGAGAGACGCUGUUGUUCGUCGUUUAAGUUUUCUUUUUCAGUCUGUAAGCUAAUAAAUGAAGGUUAAUUUUUUUACCA